AUCUUUCCUUUCGGUUAUCGCCCAGAGAGGAACAAGGUCGCGGGGAGAGGAGUUGUUGGUGUGCUGCCGCCAUUUCUUCCGCCUUCCGUCUCUGCGCCUUUCGCAGUUUCCAACAGCGCUAUGUUGGGACAGAGCAUCCGGAGGUUCACAACCUCUGUGGUCAGAAGAAGCCACUAUGAGGAGGGUCCAGGGAAGAAUUUACCAUUUUCAGUGGAAAAUAAGUGGCGGUUACUAGUUAUGAUGACUUUGUACUUUGGUUCUGGAUUUGCUGCACCUUUCUUUAUAGUAAGACAUCAACUGCUUAAAAAAUAAUCCAGGAAACAGAUAGGAAGAGGAGCAUUUUAAGAGGUGCAAUCUCUGAAAAAAAAAGGAUCAAACUCUUGGAACUCAACAUACUAGAUAUGUUUGUAAAUAAACUAAUGGCAUAAAUC